AUGGAGAUAGUUACCAAAUAUGGCAAACACGUUGUUCGAAUGCUCGACCUUUCUUCUGUCCGCCAUUUUGAGUUCAGCGAAAGUUGGCGAGAGAAAAAUCCAGAUUUUCAACCAAAAAUGGGUGUUGAUGUUGCAACUACUACACCAGGCGAUGGUAAAUAGUUCAUUAUAUAGUCCAUAAGUCAAAUAUUGCCGUUAUUUAGUUGCCUAUUUUGUUGCAUGCUAUAAAACAUGUAGAAAGACUAAAUAGCAUUAUAACAGUUUUUUAUAUAUAAAUACCAUCCGGGGGUCAUGACAUAAUUUUCUUAAUUUUGUUUCAGGAAAAACAUAUGCCAAGACAGGGCAGACAGUUGUUGUGCAUUAUACCGGUAUUAAUGUAAAUAUUGUAGAUUCAAAAAUGUUAAAACAGUAUACAGAUUGUUACAUUUUGUGUUACAGUUUUGACUUCCUGUACAAAUAAAGUGUUGCAAUUUGAUUAUUAGCCAUGGGUCGAAUUCCGACACUGUUCCCCAGAGCUUUUUGUCCGAUACAGUAAUACAACAUUCGUAGUUGUUUGGACAAUAAUUUUGCCUGAACCUUGCCUGAACCUUGCCCGCACCCCAGACUGUAAAGUAUUAUUUUUGCGUGGGGAACUUUUCCGUCGUAUUAAAAUGGCAGAACAUUUGAGAAUGGUAGCAUAACUUCCAUUUCCUUCAUGUAAGCUGCCACCAAGGUUGGCGUCAAGUGGCGAAAAUUAAAAAAUUUGCAGUAUCUAGAUCGUAUGAAAUGGCAUUUUCAUAGUUUUCUCUACCACUUUUCGCAAGGCCCGACAUGUAAAAGUAAAUCAUUCAAAAAUAAAUCAUUAGUUCAUCAGAAAUAUGCAGAUUUUGUAGGAUUUUGUUGAAAAUGUGUGGACAGAAAUUCAGCUAAAAUUUCUCCUGUGCAAACUUUACAGUAUGGCCCGCACCUAACUAAUGACAUUUGUAUCAUGUCAUCCUGAAAGCGAUGAAACUGAUAUCGCCACAUCCCGAUUAUGAUAACCUAUUUAUUAUAUACUUGUGCCUUUAGUAGGGUCAAAAUUUAUUCAAAAUUGCUUCCCCAAUGCAGCAAAUAUUAAAAUAGCAGAACAAAAAGAGAUAUCAGUGACAAAAAAACUAUAUGUCACCCUGUUAUCACCCUCGUAAAGGCACAAGUGUGUGCUAACUUAAUUAUGAGAAAAUUUAGUUUUGCCUGCAAUGAACAGCAAACUCUAUUAUACUGUGCAGUAAAUUGUUUUAUAGUACUAUUUAAUAUAUUAAUAUAAUUUUCCCUGUUGGCUGUCCAGGUACGUUGACCAAUGGCAAAAAGUUUGAUUCAUCUCGGGACCGAGGGCGCCCAUUUAAAUUUAAAAUUGGAGAGGGACAAGUCAUUAAAGGUACGGUUUGUGAAAUUACCCAUUUGAAAUUUGGCGAAAUAUUACCCAAAGUGAUGAGGGUACUAUUUCACCAAAUCUCCUGAGCAGAGGGUCUAUAUUAUUAGGGAUGUGCCGGAUACUGUUUUGCCGGAUACCGGAUAGUAGUCUACCGGAUAUCGAUCAGGAGAAAAUAAUGACCGGAUACCGGAUAAUAACCGGAUACCAGAUAAUAACCAGAUACUCCCAUACAAUAAUUUAUUAUAGCUUAAUUAACUAGUCUAAUGUGGCAAUGUGUUUAAUACACAUUUUUUGUCUCUUUGACCUAUUUGUCUUUACCAAGGCCAUAUCCUAUGAUUCACCUUACAUUGUUGCUGUGGAGCAAGCGAGCCUGAAGCGAGCGAGCGUAGCAGCAGCCUAAUAUGUGCAGAGAGGGGGUUUUGAACUAAAUUUUAUUUAGCACAUGGAAAUGUGGUUGUGCGCGCUUUCUAUGUGCAGAACACAAAUUUUAAACUCGCUCGAGUCUUCGAAUUUUUAUCGAAUUUCUAAAGCUUUUUCAAGUCUAAUGUUACGCUUACAUUUGUUUUGGACUUUGGCCACUGUCAGUUCUAUAUUUUUUAACAUUUUGGUUUCUUAGUGUGAUAAAUCUGUGUAUAUAGUCUAUAUAAUGUGGUAAAUGCGCCUAGCAGUAAACAGACUUGAUAUGAAAUCUGCUCUUAAUUUACCUGUAAUUGUCAAUGAGAUGCACAUUUUUAAUAUCUGUCACCUCUGAUUGCCCUUUAACCCCUGGUCUUUGCUACUGCAAUAUAUAUUGCUUCUUCUCACAGUUCCAUUCACAGCUCACUAGUCGCUGCGAGUUAUCACUGUGCUUGAUAUAAUUUGUGCUGUUUACUGUAGUUCUAUUUGCUUUUAAUGCCCGCAGCAAUCCCUACCUUGCAGGUACCCUAGUUUACUGGUAUUCAGUAUAUAAAAUUCACUGCUCUUGGUGAACGAGCAGUUCACAUCACCAUCACGAAAAAAAAUAUGUCGUAAUUUUGUCGUAACGCAGCGCACGCUCAGUAAUUGUUUGUGUUUCACAAUUUGUAAACGCCAAGUAAACUUUUCCGUUUCAUGAUUGUAAGAAAAUAUCUUACAGUACUAUCCGGUAAACAUCCAGCAAAUUUAUACUGGAUACCGGAUAGUGCCGGAUGUCUAAAUUGGGUCAUUCCAGAAAACAUCCAUAACACCCCCAUGGAGGAAAUAGGAAGUUAACCCCCCUACCCCUUCGGAUGUCCUAAUACAUUUACUAUUAUCAGAAACAAUUUUUUCUCCCCUCCCUCUCCGGACGGCAUAAAUUUCCUCCGUGGGGGGAGUAUGGAUCUUUUCUGGAACGACCCGGAUACCGGUAUCCGGCACAUCCCUAACAAAAGUGUUUUGCAAGUCGAGAUUGUUGUCUCAUGCGGAGAUUGAGGUUUACCACAAUGUGUGGCACCAUAUGUUCUCUGAAAUCUACAUAUGCAGGACGUUUUAUAUUUGACUUGCACAGGAAAUUUUUAUUUUUGGAUUUUGCUGCCAAGAAGAGAAAUAUAUUUUCUAGGCCUAAAUUGGUGGGCAUUAAUCAAAUAAGGGUUAUAAUGAAUAAUGUUUAACCCAUUAAGCGCCAGCGCUCUCCCCUUGAUGAGUAAAAUCGUCUGGCGUUAGACAGAGUAAAAUACUAAAGUAGGGUGCAUCAGGGUGCAUGAAAUGCGACUCAAUGGGUUAACUAGACACAUGGGCAGAUAGGCCAGUUAACCCAUUAAGCGCUAGCGCUCUCCCCUUGACGAGUAAAAUCGUCUGGCGUUAGACAGAGUUUUACUAAAGUAGGGUGCAUCAGGGUGCAAUGCGACUCAAUGGUUAAUUAAACUUCCUGUAAUUAUUUUAGGUUGGGAUGAAGGUGUUGCCAAGGUAAUGAAGUACAUUAAUUGUCGAAAAACAGCUAGCAAGUUAUUCUUUUUGUCAGGAUGAGAUUGCAUGUAGUAUAUCUUGAUAUAUUAAUUUAACAAACUUGUGUUUUCUACAUGUCAUAUACUUUCAGAUGAGUGUUGGUGAGCGUGCUACACUCACAUGUUCUUGUGACUAUGCUUAUGGUGAAAGGGGCCAUCCUGGUGUAUAUCCUUUGAAUUCUAAUUUAAAAAUAGUAAUAAUAAUUAAAACUUAUAUAGCACAAAUUAAACUAAUUAGCCAUUCUGAAGUUAAUGAGAGGACUGGGGAUGAGUGUUAAAAAGUGCCCAAAUUACGAAAUGAACCAAAUCACUAAAAAGACCACCUCAAAAUUAGUAAGUAUACAAAGUUUGAAGACGUUUACAUGAGUAGCUUUCAAAUAAUGAGCUUUCGAAAAUUGGGAUAUUUACUAUGAAAUGUACUGUAAUUUUUGUUUUUGGGGACGCGCAUCCCCAAAACAGCCUUUUAAUCAGUAAUUUCACAAAGGGUAUUUAUGUAAACGUCUUCAAACUUUGUAUACUGACUAAUUUUGAGGUGGUCUUUUUAGUGAUUUGGUUCAUUUCUAAUUUGGGCACUUUUUAACACUCGUCCCCAGUCCACUCAUCAACUUCAGAAUGGCUAAUAUAGUGUAAAAUAGGAAUAGAGCCUCAAAUAGAGGUCGGAUGUAUCCGACAUUUUCUGACCAAAUUUGAAUGUUUCCAAUCAAUUUUCAGUUUGGUCAGACAUGUUGCUCAAAUUUACUGUAUGCUAAUAUGUUACCAUUUUGCCAACUUUAAGCUCUGUUAACUCAAAAUGAACUUGAGAAAUAGAACUACUUGCUUAGAUGUGUUAUAUAUACUUUAAGUUGCAUUGCACGCUAAUGCACUCUACUUCUGUCUAGCACAAGACAUUUUUACUCCUAGUGCAAAGUGGGUUAAAUGGAGUGAGACCAUUAUGGUAUUUUGAGAAUAGAAAUUUCAGGGGGGGGGGACCCAUAAACAAAGCCAUAGUUUUCUCUAUUUCAAACACUGAAAUCCCUUUGUGCAAUGAAAGGUGUAGGAUGUCUUAGAAGUGAGCAAUAUGAUAGUUUGCUGUAUUAUAUGUAGUCAACCAUUUUACAAUGUUUGCCUUAACUUUGUUCACCAUCCCGCCCAAUGCGACUUUGGUAUUUGAUGUUGAAUUGCUCAGAUUAGAGUAAUCUAUUGAAACCACAUUUUUGACACUGAAUCACUGAAUGACACAAAAUGACCGAAGGUUUACCAUAUACUACUGCUGCAUGUAAUCUACUGUGGCCAUUGCAAUCACUUCAUUUGGAAGACACAAACAAUAACUUUAUUAUAAUGCAAUUAUGAAUAUCACAAUUUUUUUAUCCAGUUUAAAACAAUUGAAGCUGCUACUCUAUUUUGAUUAAUAAUAAACUUCAUAUUUUUUGGUGUUCGUUAGUUUAACAUAAUUAUAUACAAGCAAUUUUCACAACAGCACGAGCGAUUGUAGUUUUAUAAUUAACACAACUUGAAAGCAAAUCUUAUAAACAGUUAAUUGUGAAAUGAAUUCCCAUUCAAAUUACUGCAAGUACAAUCACAUGAACGAACCCUGAAUGGUUCUGACAAGUGUUUGUCUUGCCUUGUUAAAAUCUUAAGUGCAGACAUAUUGUGGUAACCUGACAUUUCGUUUGCCCCCCCCCCAACUAAUUUUGAAAAGCCUGUAUCCACUUUCCGGGGGAGAUAACCUUCAAACUUUUGCAGUGUUUGCAUAAGUCUAUUGUUGUUUGCACAUACUUUCUAUUGCUCUUGGCAUGGUAGGAGAGAGGGCAUUUUUCACAACUUUUGCACAUACAUGCUAUACUAAAUGGUGACCAAGUGAAUUGACCUAUUUGAAUAUUCAUAAUUUUACAAAGUUGCUUAGAAUAUAACCUAUUCUUAAUUCUGUAUUAUACACAUGUAUAACUGACACAUUAUGUCCUAAAUUCUUGUGAUAUAUAUACAGGGUGUCUCAAAAAAGAGUGACCCUUUAGAAAUCGCCCUUUAUUUGCAAACAGCCAAACUUCAUUGCCUCUGGGAGUUUACAAUGCAAAAUUCGAUUCAAUUGUGUUUAUAUGCACCUAUGGGUGUAGGACUCAAGCAUUCAAAUUAUAACAAUACUUAACCUAUUGAGUUGCAUUGUGCCCUGAUGCACCCUACUUUGUUAUUUUACUCUUGUCUAACACCAGACAAUUUUACUCGUCAAGGGCAGAGUGCUGGCACUUAAUGGGUUAAGAUGAAUUUCUAAAAAUUCACUUUUUUAGAAACCCUGUAUAACUAACACACUGUCCUAAAUUCUUGCGGUUUAAUUAAACAGCAUUUACUAAACGCUAUUGGUAAAGCAAGUAUCGCAGGAUUGGUUUAGGCAACGGCAGUUUUAAAUUGACCACAUUCUGUAAAUUCUUUGCACCAAGCAGUUGUCGUAUGGACGUUCUACACUGGGAUUGAAGUGUUCUUGGGUUG